UUUGGCUCUUCCAGAAUGUGCUGCAGAAAGGGGGCCGUGCUGUUCACUAUUUAUCUGCUCUUGAGGACCGCGUGCUCUGAGAAGCAGCUGUGGGUGACCGAGGGUGACAGCGUCGUCCUCCCCUGCCUUCUCCCACGUCCCUUUCUCCCUUUGAAUGAGAUGACUGGGUACUGGGCAACCAAAGACACACAUCAGGAGGAGGAGAAGAAGGAGAAGAAGGAGAAUGGCGUGAUAUUCUCUUCAGGAGAAGAGAAGCUGGUGGAGGAACGAGAGCAGCUGGUUCAUUUCUUUGAUAAAGGCAAGGAGGAGUUCACACAUCAGUCCCCCUCCUACAUCAACAGGACCCGUCUCUUCAGCAGCCAGCUGCAGGCUGGGAACUUCAGUCUGGAGUUACGCAACGUCUCUGAGCGCGACAACAACACCACCUUCCAGUUUGUUGUAUCCCAUAAUAAUCGUCUGUGCAAUGUUACCGUACUGGUGAAGAUGAGAGAAGAUGAUGAUGUUGAUCAGUCAGCAGCCCCCCUUGCAAACAGCUGGAUGUGGUAUAUCGGUAUAGCAGCAUUUGGCCUUUUGGUGCUACUGGUGCUUGUGGCAGUUGUAUAUAAGAAGCGCAACCCAGCGCUCCCAAACCCCAACACUGGCUUGUGUUGUGUCAGGAUGCUAGUGUGAGAGCCCAGGAGGUCCCACGGUGAGAGAGGAGGAUGGAGGAGCUGAGAAGAGCCAGCAGCAGGACAGUCAUCUGCCUCUCCAGAAUGGACACGGUGGAGGAGAUCAACGCCAGGGUCC